AUUCUCAACUUUUUAAUCAACUUUUAAUUGAGUAGUCUUCAUUGCAUUUUCCAUUCACUCUCAUAAUCUCAUUCAUCUCUCAAAGAUCGAAAUACCCAGAUCCCAAUUCAGACCAGAUAUGAUGAAGGCUCUGAAGAAGCUAAAGGUCUGGUCUAAAAAGAAGAAGAGGAGAAAGAGUCAUGUCUAUCAGCCUCCUCCCGCUACCUCUCAUUGCUGUUCUUGUUCUUAUACCCCAGCCUCAGCUCCGCCUUUACCUUCAUGGCUUGAUUUUGAUCAGAUCCAGGACGCUGGUUCAGUAUCUGCAGUGUUUCAACCAUGUGAUAUAGAUCCUAUCACACCACAACCUCAGUUUUCAUCAACCCAAACUGUUUCAGAGACCACUCCUCUAUAUGCUCCUUUACCUGUCGGCACCAGCUCCUCCUCCUAUCAGCAAUAUAUGGUUCAAACUCCAGUUUAUGGCGUGCCGGUUGUCCCUGAGCAUCAAACAGAAAAAACUGCAGGCCUCUUUGGAUGUGUGGUGAGCAUUGGAACCUACCUGAUUCGUUGCUUUUUCCCUUGUUUUCAGUUUCGGAGAGUAAGCCGAUGAUACAUAUGGAUAAUCCCAUGGAAGGUUUACUCAAGAGCAGGUGCAGUUAUGAGAGAUUUGUACAAGGCCCUUAGGCACAUAUCCUUGCCAUCUUUGGUGGGCAGGAAGGUUUCUGUCAUAUGAGGCAUACUCAAAUACUGGGUCAAAUUUCUGCAACUACAAGUGCAAAUAUAGUGGUAUACAUGGUACCUAGCAGUCAAUAAAUUGUUUAGUCAUUAUUUUUGUUGUUCCUAUUAGAUUAAAACAUAUUGAAGUGGAACCAUCAAGAGAUCUUGUGUUUUAUAGUGAAUGUUGUACAUGGAAACUUGACUUCCUUUGUUUA